CUAUGAAAUACUUAGGAAUAUUAAAGCUAGAGUUUGAAAAUCAUUUAUCAUUUUUUUUAGAUUAGCUUAUUUUAAAGAGUACUGAACGAUAGGCAUAUUCGAUAAAAACUUAUAUAGUCAUUGCUUCAAUUUCAUUUCCCAGAAGCUGUGAUAAUAUAUGAUGAAAAGAGUUUCUUUUCAGGCCCGACCGAAUAGUCCCAACCAAAACUAAACCUCUUUAGAUUAUAUUCCUUUAUCACAAGUUGAUAUAAAUUCUGAGGUCUUGUGUUCUGUAGAUUCAUGUUCAUAGACAAGUGUCAAUAUGACAUAACGCAAAAAGGUUAUAAAUAAUAAAAAAAAUUCAAAUCGCAAUAAUAGUCGAUAGUUCCUAGGAGAGUUGUAAUUAAUAAUACACAGAAAGUAAAUAUUGACAUUCUUGUGAUUAUCACUGUUGGUGUCAUUUAAGAAGGUGCUAUAAAUGCUAUAUUAUAUAUUGUGGUACACUUGCAUGAUUUCCAAAUUUAAAAAUGAACAGAAAUAACGCGGAAGGCGAUUUUAUCUAUUACGAAUUAAAACUGCAAAGUCUACUGGAAAAAUUCCUGGAGACUGGAUAUCAAUUGAAGAAUGAUAUUUAUUUCAAUAGAUUGUUAUCUUUCUUAGGGGGCAAAGAAAAUAAAGAGAUAGCAGAAGUGUUACUGAAGUUACCUUUUAUGACAGAAUGGAUCUUUAGAGCUGUAAAACUGUGGGAGAACUCUCCACAGAGCCCAGACCAUUCGGUUUCUGCAUUUACCCUUCAGUUGUUGGGAUUAAUUUCCAAAAAUGAAGCUACUUUCAUUGAGCUUUCAAAACAAGAAAUUUACAACAGAGUCAUUAACAUAUUGCAAACAAAAAAUCCAGAAUCAUCUCCUUCAGUGAAACUAGGCUUCAUUAAGUUAAUGACAUCAAUAAUUUCCCAUCGAUCAGGUCUUGAAUGGAUGCUCCAGACAACAUACUGGCAAGAUUUACUUAAUAUGAGUUUACAGAGUCAAACUGUUUAUAUAAAAAAAGAUGGUCAUUUAUUCAUUGCUUCAUUUUUAGCUGCUCUCUUGAAGCAUGACUUGCCUAUUUGUUUGAAUAUUUGGCAGACAAUAACGGCACCCUUAUUAACUAAACCUAAUGAUAUAUUCAGAAAUCCAGGAAAUGUUUUGGAAGUAAGUGAUGAAAAAAUUGAAAAAUUUUUGGGUCCAACUAUUAGCUUGGUGAAUGAUAUAUUGGAGUACUUCAUUGAUAAAGUCUUGGAAAGAGAUAGUCCUCACAUUAAAAAUUUCAAACAAAUUUUGAUUAUGCCUCAGUUGGUUGCAGCAAUAACAAAUUUUCUUCAUGUGAUCAGAAACCAAACUACAUCUUAUGAAAUAGGAAGGAUUUGGAUUUUAUUACUAUAUUUCUCUAUGGUAGCUGAAGAGAAAGAUGGUAUCAUAAGACCUGAUAUAGAUAAGGAAUUUAUGGAACCUAUAUUUACCCUUUUGAAUAUUUUGCUGGAAGGAUCAAAUUUUCUUUGUAUAUCAAAGAAUUUAUUCAUUGUUUUAGUGUGGUGGUUUAAAAUCAAAAGUAAAUUCAUGGUUGAAUAUUUAAUAGAAUUUGAUAAACGAUAUAUGUUUGAAAACCAAUUUUUGAUACCACAAUUAGCUCAUAAUUACCUAUUUUGUAGAGCUGUCAUUUACAAACAUAAUUUAGAACCAGAUACUGAUGUGAGAGAAGAUUUUGUUGCAAAGAUAUUUUCCAGAAUGAGUAAAACAUCAAUAAGGUGGUGUUAUAAAUUCAGAGACUCUCUACCAUCUGAACAGGUAACAUUAAAUGUUGGACCAAAAGCAAUAUCUUUUGUACUUCAGCUGAAAUCGUUGCUGAACAGAGACAGUGCAGUGAUGGUUUUUCAAUCUCUUCUAUAUGUAUUAGUAGAUGUAAAUGCAAUUUUGAGUAAGAAUAAACACUUGUUUCCCAUGUUUUCAAGAUGCGAGGCUUACAUCAAAAUGUUUUUAGAAACUCUUACAGAAUUCAUUGUUCAUUUUCAAAUAUCUUGGAGAGACAGCAUCGAAUCUUUAUGUGUAUUCCAAUCAAGCGUGGAAUUCUUAAAAGUUGCUCUAUGGCCUUCAACAUUGGUCAUUGCAGAUUUGAAUUUGAUCAAAGUUGGAAUAAACAAUUACUUGUCGCCAAGUAUGGCACUUUUGAUAGAUCAGCAUGAUAAUUGUGCUGUUUUUAUGUUAUGUAAAUUACUCGAAGAAAAAUUACAUGAUCCUGAGUGGUCUGUGAGAGACACUGCUCUGGAAGUCAUAACGGCUUUCGCUGGGGCAGCGAGAAUUGAGUUUCAGUCCUUUCAAAAAGUUUUAGCAGUUUUUAAUUUAUGCACCCUGGUUUUGAAUGUGAGUCUACAAGAUGAGCAAAGUUUUGUGAGAGCAUCUGCCAUCAAAUGUCUCACACAAUUGGUUAAAAUUCAUGCCUUCUGGAAAGAUCACCUCGAAAGUCAAGACAUAGUGAAAAAAAUGAUUACGGUGAUGAAUUGUGAGACAGAAGGCAUAGUCCGAGCCCAAGCAGCCACUUUAUUAACCACAAUCUUCAACUAUCAUGACAUUGAGGCAUCAGUUCAGAAAGAAAUAUUCGCAUGUAUGAGUUCGGCUGCACUCGAUGACCUACAUUGGGAAGUGCGAUUGAGCAGUUUAUCAUUCUGGAAUGAUAGAGUAAAACUAGUCUUGAAGCAUCAGGGUAUGGUGGAUAAUGAAUUUCCAAAAUGCACUUUUUCAAAAGAAUCAAAAAAAAUUGUUAUAUUAACAGAUGUAGAAAUAAAGAGAAGAAUUUUGCGUGCCUUAGAUGAGCUGAGUGCAAUGAAUUGUUUGACUGUUCUGAAACAUGCAGUUUCAGAUGAUUGUGACUUGCAAAUCUCUAAAAAAGGAUUGGAAGUGUCUAAGAUACUUGUUGAUCUCAUUGAAAAAUACAAUAUAGCAGAAAAUAUUAUUUUGGAAGAGAAAGGUCCCCCUAGCAAUGAUUCUUGCUAUUCUUCAAUUGUUCCUUCAGUACCUAGUCCAUUCUGUCCGAAUAGUGACGAGGUGAUUGACAAAAUUCUUGAAGUUUCAGACACUUCUUUAUUGCAGGAUGUUUAUAGUCCAGGCAAUGAUUAUCCUAUGAAAGUAAUUCAGAUCAGAAAUUCAAAUAGACCUAAACUUACCAGUGCUGAAUUUAUCAUUUCAACAAAGAAAGAUUACAAGACCUUAGUGAGCGAUAGGGAAAAAUGGAUUACCUCCUUAGAUUCAUUGAGUUCUUUGCUAAACGAUAUGUUGGAAAAUUAUGAGUUAGCAGAUACAAAUGCUAUGGACUGUUACUAAUGUUUUCGUAAUAAUUCCAAAACAUUCCAUAAAAAAACAGCCUGAAGAAUAAUUGAGUGCCUUUAUGAUUAUACCCAUUUCCAUCAUUAAAUAAGCAAAGAAUUUCAGCAAAUAUUUUGCAAGAAACAGUUGCAAAUUCUCUAAACAUAACAGAAAAAAUAAUUAUCUUCUCUUUAUUUUUACAGAUUUUUUUAUACUUAGAUAAAGUAUAACUUUUUAAGUUAAAAUUCUAUUUUAAGCCUGUAGUCUCUGGUUGUAGGCAAUAUUUUGAAUUAGAAUUAAUACUUUGAUAUGUUUUAAUGUUAUAAUACUUCUUUUUAGUCCUGUUUUCACACAUUGAGCUUUUAAUUUUUUAUAUGAAUUGUUGAAAUUAUUAAAAACACUUUUUCUAUAUACAUAUGUAUCAUUUUAAUUUGUUGAUUAGUUCUGUUAUGUUGCUGUUAGAGUUAUAGUUAUAUGCAAGUACUAUUCUGAAGUUGUUUUUCAUAAUUUUCUAAUUAAAUCAAAUGGAAAUGCAUGUCUCUAAUUGAUUUGUUCUAAACAUGAUUUCUUGACAAACACAUAAGGUGAUGAAUUUAUGUCAAGUAAGAGACCUU